AUGAGCGAAACCACAGAUAAAGGAGGGGCUCCCCUCGACCCAAAAACGCAGCAAAUGCUUAUUAACUUGCUAACAGCAUCUCUAAAAGAAAAUAAAGGCAUCAAUUUCAAAGGUUUCGCUGAUUUAGAAUCUGCAGAGGCAACAAUCAACCAGCUCAUACAGGCCGAAACCGAAAAAUUAAAUGCGUUGAUUCAAAAGAAUUCAGAAAUUCUUCAAGAAACAGAAAAAACAGAAAAAUUCUACGAGGAAAAAAUGGAAUUAUAUAAUGAAGGUUUCAAAAAGAUGGUUCAAGAGAAAGAAAUGCUCCGCGAAACUAAAGAACAGAAAAUGGGAGAAUAUGAGACAUCAAUACGAGAAUUAGAGAAUAGAAAUAAACAACUAGACACCGAAAUAGAAAAUUUGCGUACUGAAAUUACAAAAAUGCGUGAAGAAAACAAAUCAGCACGAUUACAAGGCGUUUGGUUACCUAAAGCGAAUAAUACAAUAACAGACGUCUCUGAUUUCUUACGCCGCGUUCCAGACAAAGCAGAAGCAUUACAAGAAGCUGUUAGACUCAACGAAGACCUCGUCAGAUUUGGAUCUCAGCAAGUUAAAUCUCAAAUUUCAUAUCCAUUGAUUUCCAAACACGUUGAUUAUAGAAAUCUUGUUAAGAUACAACCUAAACAGCAAUCCCAAUACCAGCAGCCAAUCCAGUCCACUCAAACUAUUCCUCAACAACAAUAUUCUUAUUCUCAAACUCGAGCAUAUACAGAACAGGUACAGCAACAGCAAGCAAUCAUGUCGAUGAUGUCACAGCAACCCAUGCAAUCCAUUCAACAGUUACAACAAAUUCAAAUUCCACAACAAUUCAUGCCAAGACAGAAAUCUCAGCCAAUUGUGCCUCAACAGCCUCCAAUGCCACGACAGUCUUCACAGCCAUCAGCUACGAUCAUGCCUUCUCAAGUACAAGCUCAAAUUCAAAAAAGAAAGGAUAUUCAAAUACCACAAAAGCCGAAAACGAUACCAAAGCACAACCAGAUUAACUUUAACAUACCAAGCCAGUCAAUUCAAGCUCAAUAUCAUGAUCAAAAUCCACAAAACAUUUAUUUGCAGCAACAGAACUACCAGGCCCUACAACAAAUGUCGCAGAUGCUUAUGCAGCCACCUCCGAGUAUUAAUACCCCACUUAAUUUGCCAAUUCAGUCUUCAAGUUCAAUUACUGCAAGUCCCAUCAAUACUUCCAUUAUUUCCCAGCCAAUUAAGCCUCCUAUGCAGUCUUACCAGCCAAUACAGCUCCCAACUUCCCACGUAGCGGCUCCUCAGCCUGUAAUGGUCAAUCAGCCAGAAGUUCAAAAAGUGACAAUUCAACCGGCCAUUAUCAAGAAGUCCGUGAAUUUGCAGCCGUUCCAUCCCUUGCAGUCACAGACCACAAAUCCGAUCUCUACGCCUCAAAGUCAAAAGAGUUCGGAUAAAUCAAUCUUGAAUUCGAUCAUAACGCCAGCUGUAUCGACAACUCCGAGCGCGUUCUCUGUAUUGACUAAUAUCCCAUCUGCUUCUACUCCAUCUGUACCUCCAGCGCCAACAAUUCAGGUUAUUCAGUCAACAAGUCCAAUUAAGGUUUACACGACACAGCCGCCAGCUGUCGUUGUGCAGAUUAACAAUGAAGCUCCUGCAAUUGUUAAAUCAACAGAACUUCAGAAAGUAUUAGUUCACAAAAACGCUUCUAACUAG